AUGUCGGUAGGGAUACCCAUAAAAUUGCUGCACGAAGGAAUAGGCCAUACAAUUUCGGUGGAGACCAAGGCGGGAGUCCUCUACAGGGGUACAUUGCUUUUCGCAGAGGAUAACAUGAACUGCCUUCUAGAGAACGUCUCUGUGGUUAAAAAGGACGGGAAGCAGAUUCUCCUGGAGCAAGUGUACAUACGAGGAGGAAGUGUGUCCUUCAUGAUUUUCCCAGACAUGCUGAGAUAUGCCCCUAUAUUUAAAAUGAACAAGAUUAAAACGAAAACGAACUUUGCCACAAUUCGAAGGGCCAUGGAAGUUCACGCAAGAAUGGCGUCCAAGAACAGAGAUGGCAAAGCGUGA